AUGAUGAUGACUGGCCGUGUGCUGCUGGUGUGUGCCCUCUGCGUGCUGUGGUGCGGUGUCUGCGGUGGUGGACGAGCUGAAACAAUUCCAGGUUCUUCGGGUUCUUCAGGUACUCCGUCCGGUAAAGAGAAACUUCAAAACGACAAAGAUACCGUCGUUGUCACUGGAGAAGUUGACCAAAAAAGUGAACAGGAAGUGACACAAGCAGCCGCAACAACGGGGUCAGGAUCACAGAAAGCGGAAGCGAACCCGCCACAGACAACACAACCCGAAGGAGGAGCAUCAGAAACGACAAGUCCAUCGUCGGAAAAAAAGGAUCAAAAAGAAGACGAUCAAAAGGAGAAAACCGACGAAGCCGAAGAAGAAGAAGACGAAGAUGACGAAGAAGAAGAAGAAGAGGAAGAAGAGGAAAAGGAAGAGGAUGAUACGGAGGAAAAGGGAGAGACAAUGAAAGAAGGAGCUGGUACCAGCACCACAGAGGUGAUCUCAGCAGGCGGUCAAGAGCAGAGAAGUUUAUCUUCUGCUGCGGAGGAAGCAGAGAAUAAAACAAAUCCCAACAGCACCCAAACAACUGGAGACGAUGAUCCAGCAGCUGAUGGUGCAGGGACAGCAGAGGGAAAACAAAAUGAAAAUAAAGAUGCCAAUCCGAAGGAAACACCAACUGUCGAAGCCACAGCCAUGAAAAAUACAACGGCGACUGGCGACAGUGACGGCAGCACCGCGGUCUCGCACACCACCUCCCCUCUUUUGCUUCUUCUUGUUGUUGCGUGUGCGGCUGCUGCUGCGGUGGUGGCCGCGUGA